UGAAGGGGUAUAGCAUACAUCCCCCACAAGCCCUUGCGUGUCUGGAGAACUACAUACAACAUGGCGGCGAUUGGAGCUUUCCUGAAGAAUGCGUGGAAUAAGGAACCAGUUAUUGUGGUUUCCUGUGGACUUGGGAUUUUAGGGGUUAUAUUACCAUUUGUGAGUCCCCUGACCAAAUAUUCAGCGAUGAUGAACCAGGCUGUGCCAUUCAACUACCCAGUUCCUGUUCGAGAUGACGGAAAUAUGCCUGACGUCCCCGCACAUCCAUCUGACAAAGAAGGACCCAACUUGGAAUGGCUUAAAAAGCUAUAACUACAUAGUUGCAUGGCAAAAACUGUACAUUAUUUCUGGUCCAUGUAGCUACUUUAUUGGCGAAACCUCACAAUAAAUAUGAUCCUAUACAUUUUGUUUCUGUGCUUACUU